AUGGCUCUCAUAGUCGACAAACACCGUCCGCGGUCUCUUGACCAGCUCACAUAUCACCCAGAGCUUUCCGAACGUCUACGGUCGCUGGCCCAAAGCGGUGACUUCCCACAUCUCCUCGUCUACGGACCCUCGGGUGCAGGCAAGAAGACUCGCAUCGUCGCAACUCUCAAGGAGCUCUACGGGCCAGGUGUCGAAAAGAUCAAGAUCGACGCCCGCGUUUUCCAGACCAGCAGCAACCGUAAACUCGAAUUCAACAUCGUGGCAUCCGUCUAUCACCUCGAGAUAACUCCUUCAGAUGUCGGCAACUACGAUCGUGUGGUCGUGCAAGAUCUGCUGAAAGAGGUAGCCCAGACCCAGCAAGUCGAUCAGAGUGCUCGCCAGAGGUUCAAGGUCGUCGUCAUCAACGAGGCGGAUCACCUGAGCAGGGAUGCGCAGGCCGCGCUCAGACGAACCAUGGAGAAGUACAGCCCGAACUUGAGGCUGAUCCUCCUGGCCAACAGCACUGCAAAUAUCAUUGCACCGAUCCGAAGUCGAACCUUACUAGUCCGCGUUGCAGCCCCAACGAUCGACGAGAUCAGCACAGUUUUGGCUUCCUCAGCAAAGAAGGAGGGCUGGCCAGUUGUUCAAGGCCUGCACAAGAGAAUUGCCGAAGAGAGUGGACGAAACUUGCGAAGGGCCCUCUUGAUGUACGAAGCAGUACACGCGCAAAACGAAAAAGUUACCGACACCACACCAAUACCGCCCCCCGAUUGGGAGGCACUCAUCAGCCAAAUCGCCAAGGAGAUCAUGGAGGAGCACUCGCCCGCACGUAUCUUGCAAGUCCGAGCUAAGCUGUAUGACCUGCUUACACACUGCAUACCGCCUACGACUAUCCUCAAAACCCUCACAUUCAAACUCAUCGCCCUGAUCGACGACGACUUGAAGUGGGAAGUAAUCAAGUGGUCUGCGUUCUACGAGCAUCGCAUAAAGAUAGGCACAAAGGUAAUCUUCCACCUCGAGGCCUUUGUCGCCAAAUUCAUGAGGAUAAUUGAGAUGUAUUUGAUGGAGAUGGACUUAUAA